AUGAAAUAUAUCUUAGCUAUUGAUCAAGGCACAACAAGCACGCGAGUCAUUCUCUUCAACGAGAGGUGUAAGUCCCAAUAUGUCGAACAACGAGAAUUUGAAUCGAUCUUUCCUGAGCCUGGGUGGGUCGAGCAGGACCCCAACAUGAUAUACAACGACAUUGUCGCAAUGAUCAAAAGUCUUUUGGAGAAGUCACAAGUAUCAAAGAGUGACAUUGCUGCCGUUGGCAUAACCAAUCAGAGAGAGACGACUACAUUGUGGGAUAAACGGGAUGGGAGGAUCAUCCAUAACUCGAUUGUGUGGCAAUCAAAGCAAUCAACUCGACAAUGUGAUGAGUUGCAGCAAAAGGGUCUUCAGACAGUUAUUAAAGAGAAAACGGGUUUACUCAUCAAUCCAUAUUUCUCUUGCUCGAAAAUCAUGUGGCUCUUUGAGAAUGUCCCCGAGGCUAAGAAGCUUGCGGACGAAGGAAAUUUGUAUUUUGGGACGAUCGACACUUGGAUCAUCUACAAGCUGACUGGCGGGAAAGUGCAUGCUACAGAUGUCUCCAAUGCAGCUCGAACAAUGCUUUUUAAUAUCUAUGAGUUACAUUGGGACGAAGAGAUCUUGGAUGAGUGUCAUAUACCUAAGAGUAUUCUUCCUGAUGUCAAGAGUUCGUCUUGUGACUUUGGGACUAUCACAGACAUCCCCGAGCUGGCGGGUGUCAAAAUCACGGGAGUUGCUGGAGACCAACAAAGUUCGUUAUAUGGCCAUGGUGCAAAGGUCGGUGGGUGUAAGGCGACAUACGGCACAGGCUGCUUUGUUGUGAAGAAUGCGGGAAAGAAGCUUGGGGAGAUACCAAAAGGGCUUCUGGGGACUAUUGGGUGGAAAGUAGGAGAUCAAGUGACAUAUGCUAUAGAAGGGUCAGUGAUGACUGCGGGAGCUGCAUUGCGAUGGAUUCGUGACAUGGGUAUUCUUAAAGAGUAUAAUGAAAUCACGGAAAUAUUACCUGAGAACAAUGGUGGGGUAUAUUUUGUACCUGCUUUUCAAGGGUUAGGUACGCCGUAUUGGGAUGAUGAUGUGAGAGGAAUGAUAGUUGGAUUAACAAGUGGGACCACCAGAGGACAUUUAGUCAGAGCAACACUUGAAAGUAUAGCUUUACAGUGUUCUCAAGUGAUUGAUAUAAUGGGGGUCACUUCUGAGAUUAAAGUGGACGGAGGGGUAUCGAAGAGUGACAUGAUGUUGCAAUUCCAAGCGGACAUUUGUGGGAAGAAAGUUGUUCGGUUGAAAGAGAAAGAAAUCACUGCGAUGGGUGUUGCUAUGUUAGCAGGAAUUGCUGUGGGACUUUUUAAGGAAAGCGAGUUGGAUGAGAUGAGAGAGGUCGAAAGAGUCUUUGAACCAUCGAUGAGCCAUGACGAAGUACAACAAAUCUUUUUGGUGUGGAAUAAGGCCGUUGCUGCCGCUCGACACUUUGUGCACUAA